AGACGCACCCAAAAGCUGUAACUAAGUUUUCCGGGAAGAAAGAUGGAGAACAAGCUCAAAGUGGCGGAGCUACGCGCCGAACUCGCCAAGCGCGGGCUUGACACCGCCGGAACCAUUCCUCUUCUGGUCCGGAGGCUUGAGGAGGCUGUGCUUAAGGAAAACCAGAAACCUGUGGGCGAUAAUGUGAAUGGUGCUGAUGAUGCUUCUGAUGCUGAUACUGGCAGGAAGAGAAGUAACGAGUCUGAUGAUGGGGAUUUGAACGAGGUCAAGACUGUGGGAGAUGAUGACAGUAAGGGCGGAAGAGUUGUCUCAGUUAUCAAGAAGAAUUCAGUGGUUCUGGAUCAGUGGCUUCCUGAUGAUAUAAAGGCAGAAUACCAUGUUCUGAAACAGGUUGAAGCACUUGGACAAAUCAAGGUUGCAACCAAGUUGUUGAAGGAUGACCCACUGAUGAAGGAGGAUCCUCUAUAUUUUAAUUACCAACAACUUCACUGUGAACUGAGACCACUUGAAGAUGAUUCUGAGGAAUUUGCCAUGAUUGCAAAGUAUACGAAGAACACUCAUGCCAAGACACAUUCAGAUUAUAGAGUUGAUAUUGUUCAAAUAUUCACGGUGGCAAGAGAGGGCAAAGUUGAACGCUUCAAAAAGUUCUCCACUACAGAAAACAGAAUGCUACUGUGGCAUGGUUCUAGGCUUACGAAUUGGACUGGCAUUCUAUCCCAAGGUUUGCGCAUUCCUCCACCUGAGGCACCUGUAACAGGUUAUAUGUUUGGAAAGGGGGUCUACUUUGCUGACAUGUUCUCCAAAAGUGCAAAUUAUUGUUAUGCUAAUCAUCUCUCAACAGCUGGUGUCCUGCUUUUGUGUGAGGUUGCACUGGGUGACAUGGUUGAGCUUCGUCGAGCUAAAAGUGAUGCUGACAAGCUACCAGAUGGCAAGCUGAGCACUAAAGGCGUCGGUGCAACUGAACCUAGUCCCUCAGAAGCCAAAACUCUUGACGAUGGUGUUAUAGUUCCCCUAGGAAAGCCAAAGAAGCGAUGACGCCGAGUAAAAGAAUAUUCUUAAUACUUUUGAUUAGUGGAGACUUAAUAAUUGAUCUAUAAGAAAUUAGGUCUUUUUUAUGGGCGUUCUACUAUUUUUUGCAGGGUAAUUUACUCUACAACGAGUACGUAGUUUACAACGUGGAACAAAUCCGAAUGCGCUACUUGGUUCAAGUGAAUUUCAACUAUACACGGUAAAGUCAAACAAAUCCAUCAAAGCGGGGUGGAACAUGAGCCUGUUGGAACUCGGAAACAUGAGUAGGUUUUUAAACCUUUUGAAAGUCUAUGAGUGUGUGACCAAAUAAGGCAUUUACUACAAAACUCAGAAGACGCAUUGCACACGCUAGCAUUUAUGUCUCUAGAUUUCAUCAUGACUUCAUGCCCCAUAGAAUCUAUCUCCUUUUUCCACAAUACAAUUGGUAAAUGUUU